UAUUCUCAAAUAUGGAAAUGUGAAGGGUUUGCCAUAAAAAGGAUGUUAAUUAAUUCUUAAGAAACUUAUACGAUAGCAAAAUAGGAAAUAAAUAUAAUGGUAUUGAUAUAAGAAUGAAUAAAAAGAAAAGAUUACCUGAACAUCCAAAUAUUAUAAAAUUGAUUGAUUAUGGGGAAGUGAAGAUUCAAAAUAAAUUAUUUUUUUGUAUAGUAAUGGAACUAUGUGAAAUGAAUUUAUAAGCAAUGCUUAGUUAAGAGAUGUUAACUGAGAGAAGAAUAAUAGAAAUAUUUAAAUAAAUAUUAGAUGGAUUAGAAGUAUUACAUGCAGAAUAGAUUAGUCAUAGAGAUUUAAAAUUAGAAAAUAUUAUGAUCAAACGAGGUACUUGUAAGAUUUGCGAUUUUGGAUCAGCAUCAAAUAAUAUUAUUGAUCUUAAUUUAUUGAGUUAAAUUGAAUUGAAUUAAAUAGAAGAACAAUUUUGUAAAAUAACUACAAUUACUUACAGACCUCCUGAAAUGAUUGAUGUUUAUAAAUAGUAGAUUAUAGAUGCUAAAGUUGAUAUUUGGUAAUUAGGAUGCAUCUUAUAUAAUUUAUGUUUUAGAAAGUCUCCAUUUUAAGAUAUUAAUAAACUUUCUAUUGCAUAAGCUGAAUUUGAAAUACCAUAAUCAUAAUUAUCUAAAAAGACUUUGUUAUUAAUUUAGAAAAUGUUAUAAUAAGAUCCUAAAAAGAGACCUAAUCUAAAAGAAUUAAAAUUAUUCCUUUAUAGUAGAUAAAUAGAUGAUUACGAUAGUUUUUAAUGA